CGUAAUGAAAUGGAGAGCGGAUUUAAGGAACGCAUCUGAUAGGUCUAACGCCCGUUGUUCCUCCGCAAGGUAAAAUUAAAAAUCCGCAAGGAAAAAUUAAAAAGUGGCAAUUGAAAAUAACGAUAACUGCUUUGUUUGUGGUAUGGAAAACCCAUUCGGUUUUCAGGUAAAACCUGAAAUUAAGAAUGGAGGCGAAUUCGUCUAUAUUGAAUGUACACCCGCCGAACACUUGCAAGGGUGGGCGAACAUUCUACACGGUGGUAUCCUCAGCACGCUAUUAGAUGAAGCGAUUACCUAUGUCGGGAUAAGUACCUUUAAUCAACCGGCAGUAACAGCGCAACUCGAAGUCCGUUUCCGCAAUCCAGCCCCAACAUGUGUGAAACUCCAUGUAUGCGCGGAGCGUAUUAAGGUUUCAAAAAGGUUAGUGGAGGCAAAAGCAGCAGUUACGCUCGGUGAUGGCACCCUUAUCGCUACGGGAACUGGUAAGGUAAUGCCGGUCAGCGAGAGUUUCGCCCCUAAGUCCCCAUAG